AUGAAACGCCGUUCGCACCUUGUCCACGGCUGGCUUACCGAAGCCUUUCCCGAUGAACCUGUCUACGCCGAAGCCAUCCACACGUCCCAAGACAUCUUGUACUCCGGUUCCGAAGAUGAAGCCUACAACUCCCCGGCCGAGCGACGAGAGCGAUACGAGGACAAGGGCCAGCGCUUUCUCCAGGGCAAGCCCAUGCUGCUGCUGUCUGCGUCGCUGAGAGGUCCCUUUACCAAAGAGAGCGGCUGGACGAAUCCAUGGCGGUCCAAGACCGGUAGACAGAGGAGGAUUCAAUCACAGGCGGCCCAUUCCACUCCAGGCCCUGCCGAAGAAGAAUCAAUAGUCAUAGCAGCUACACCAACGAUUGUGGAGAGCGCAGUGCGUGGCCAACACGAACAGUCGCGCGUCCAUGACGAAGCCAGCUCGAGGCCCAACACUCCCAAUACAUCCCACCGCUAUCUAGACGACGGAAUCCUACACGAGAUCAAAGCAUGGCAAGACACAGUCGCAAAUCAAUCAGGACUGGACGACCCGUUUGAUCAAGACACCUACGAGCCGAGUUCACCCGAUACGUUGAAGAGCCUUCAAGUCGAAAUUACACCAAGGAUGCAUGGUUCCCGGUCGUUCAUUGUGUCAUCAUCGGUUGUCGCAGAGGGAGCUGGCAGGGAUGAUUCGGUAGAGCAUAACGACGAGGCCACCGUUGAGAAAAGUGAACAAGUCAACCUAGGAUACAGUGACGAGGAGGAAGCAGGGCUCAUCAACGUUGACGAAGACGAGGGUUCGUCGCUGACAGAUUUGGAUGAAGAGCAAAUUGAAGAGCUGAUUGGCGACCAAAGUGAGGAGCAAGAGGCGGACGAGGACAAGAAGGACAAUAUGCAAGAACAAGACACUGAGGAGAACCAACAAAUAUCAGAAAACCUGCCUGUUGAGCCUCUAUCUGACUACGACAGCCCUACAAAACGCCCUAUAACAUCACAACAUCUUCGCCAGCCCAAUGGCACACUAGACCUUCGACCUAGGGAAGAAUUGGGAUGUCUGCCUGUCGAUGCUGUCGACUUAUCACCUGCUGCCGUCAGGAUAUACGAAGAAUCGCUCCGCGGAAGUACCUGUUACAGUCCCUCUUGGCGGGCGCAAGAGAGGAGGAAACAGGGCAAUCUUCUACCGGGACUUCAACUUGCUGGUGUGACUCUUUCCGCUGGCAAUGUCCCCCAGAGCCCCUCAAAUCGGUCCGGCCGCAGCUUGCAUGCGCCAGCUUCUACUUCCAUCUCGCAUGAUGAAAAAAGGUCAAACAAGGCUGGAUCGAUCACCCUCGAGCAUCAAACAAUCGAACCAGAGCGCAUCUUGGUGGACAAUCCGUCGUCCGAGCCUGACGAGACAAGGGAUUCGCCCAACGAUCCGUCUGAUACGCCUGCUCAUCACCAACAGAUCAUCGUGACACAGCCAGAAUCCCCCAUACGCGUCAUUUCUGCGACUGAUCGACCUCAAUCAAAUGCUGCCGUCACCCACACUGUUCCUGAGAUAACAGAAGGAGAACAAAAGAGUCUCACUACCGACCCAACAUCGCCCUCAUCAUCCGAGCUAUCGAGUCCUGCUACGUCUUUCGAGGAAGAAGAGGAGGAGUCCAUCGAAGAGCCUGUCCAAAACGUGAGAAAACUUCUCUGGGCCAAAACCCAACGACAACCAAGUACCCAAGACUCUACGCCCGAUAUGGCUCUUGGAGUGUUGCCAGCAACAGCGAGCUUUGCCCAAGCAGGGCCAAGGCCUUUGCAAACCGUAUCUGUCUCCGAAUCAGUGGAAAGCCAUGGAGAACAAGGAAGUCUAGAAUACUUCACGAUCAAUCAGCACCCUGCGAAUGACAGAGAGCCAACGAAUGCCGGGCAGAAUGCUCUUAACUCGCAAUCAUCUAGUCGCUUAUCACAAGCCCAACCACAAUCGGCACCGGAGGCUACAGUAUCCGAAGAGAGCAUCUACGAUGAUACGAUCAAUCAAGUGCGACUCGAAUGGCCAACUGGGGCUAGCAGCCUCCCUCACCAAUCUCAAGUCCAGACCCAGAACUCAGCACCCGUGGCGAGCAUAGAAGAACCAUUGAUAACGGGACAUGACACAUCAGUGCAACGCAUCACACCCGAUCAACCAAAGAGAAGUGUCAACGUCAUGGAUCUUCGACAUAUAACAAAUCCAACUUCCCGCAACGCAACGCCCCUUCGACCAUCUCCGGGCUUGCAGAACCCCUUUACGACAGCCCUAGAGAUACCAGUCCUCGUACAGCCUCGCUCCUCCGUGACUCCUGAACCGCCAGUAAACCCGGAACCAAGCCGGUCGCCACUCUCAAUCAUCGCCAGCCAAGCCCUCGCUCAAGCUGUCCAGCCCGUGAUUCAGCAGAGCCCUUGGGUAAAGGGCGACUCGCAAAUAGCUUUCCUCGCUGUUCCGGCCCCAGAACCACGAUGUGUCAACCCCGCCUCGUCACCUCUAUCCUCUCCCGCCUCCAGCUCUUGCUUUGUGGACAUGGAGGAUCCCGUCCUUCCAGUAUUAUCCUAUCCUCCUGUUCCUGGUAACGACUCCCAUACUGAAAAAGAGACAGCGGUGCCGCCAGCCCAAGCCGAAACACCCCAACUCCAGGUUCCUCAUCCGCCCUCAACGCCGGAGACCAAGAGAUCGAGUCUCCCAACGCCAGAGUUUACAAUGUCCAUCAAGUCCUUCAAGCACUUUAUGACGCCGUCGCCGAAGAGACCGGCAAAGCGUCCGCGGUUGUCACUAGGAGACGGUCGCUUGCCAGAUACGCAAGCUUUGGAGGAAGCGGUGGUUACGAACCCGUGGGAUUCGAGUCGCGUUGAGCUGGCUGCCCCUAGCAGAAGGACCAAGCGUGUCUCCUGGGCUCCUUUACCCGGUGAAGUGGACUACAUGGACCCUGACAUGUCAGCGGACAUGGAUGUGGAUAUGGAAGAUCCUGACCAGCCCUCAUCGCUCAACAGGAUGAAGAUUCACGGACCCCGGAGAUCUAUCCUUUCUGUUUCAGCGCCCACAGCAAACUAUAGGGGCAUCCCCAGACGAGCAGCCUCUCCACCACCAAACAUCUCGAUGCCAAGUGUGGAUUCACUGCCAAAGGAAAGCCAAAGGUUCGGGAAGCACUUUGCCGCUGUGUCUGGUCGGAGACGGCUUGCCCCUAAGCCUCCUACUACUACACCUACUGCUGCUUGGUAUAGAGGUGAUGAUGAUGAGAGGGAGUCUCCAAUGCUUCGAGAUGUUAGUGGCAAUGCUCGAAGCACGGGCACCUCCCGACCAGCCAAACGUCUCCUUCCAAGCGAAUCGCAACAAACAUGCGGCAGUCCGGCUGUGGACGGGAUGGCCAAUGCGUUUGUGCAAGCUGAUCGGCAGACUGAGAACCUCAACUUGAACAGACGGCAGGUAUUGCAGGAUGGCAUCCCGACAGUCUCUUCUUCAGGUUGUAGGGGAAUCUGGCAAGACCCGAUAGACGCAGUAUCCGAACCACAACAGAAAGAUGACAACGACGACGACGACAGAUUCCGCCUUCCCACCCUCCCUGGCUUGGACUCCCAGCCUCAAGUCGAAGAAAUGGACGAAGUCACGGAAGUCAUGGAUAACUUGGACGAUUUCAUUGAUAGUUGGGAUAUCGAUGAGGAGCUGGCCGAAGCGAGGGGUGAGAAGACCAAGAAGAAAAAGACGGCACAACCGUCGAAACUUGGUCAGGGGCUGAGCUCGGGGUUGGGCGAUGGGCGCAAUCUUUGGGAUUCACCGAGUUCAAGGCCACAGAGUACGUUGAAGAGGAAACGGGCUGGUGAUGAUGAGCAAGCAAAGCAUGGGAUGGUAGAGAGCCAGGAGAGCACGAGUGGUGGUGAUAGAGGUGGUGGGAUAUAUGAUGCAGGUGUUUGGGACCGGAUUGUUUAA